AUGGUCCUCGGCUCGCUGCUGCUUCUGGUGAUGGCUCUGCCGCUGCGGGUGCCAGGCUCCAAGGACUGCAUCUUCUGUGAGCUGACCGACUCCAAGUACUGCCCCGGCAUCCGCAUGCACUGUGGCGACGACGAGAACUGCUACACGGGACGGGGGGUGGCCCCGGGCCUCGGCCCCAUCACCACCAAAGGCUGUAUGCAGUCCACUUCCUGCGGCCGUGAGGAGCCUGUCACCUACAAGGGAGUCACCUACACCCUCACCGCCACCUGCUGCCACGGCCACCUGUGCAAUGGGGUCCCCAGCCCCACAGGCAGCUGGUCGCUGGCCCCGGCCACAUGCCUGGGUGUGCUGCUCCUCCCAUAUUUGCUGUGACUGUCUCCCAGCUCUGCUGCUCCCCUGCCCCCCGCCUCCCCCCCUCCCCCAUUAAACGGCCAGAGGCCCUGGACAACCUCUCGUGGCCCUGGCUCCCUGCGUCCUGGAGUUGUCCGGCAGGAGCCUGCCCUCGGCGAAGCACCUUGGGCCUGGUUUUGAGGUGGGGACCUGUGCUCAGCGGGUUUGACUGCACUACUGUAUUUCAUCGGUUCUAAGACACAUACUUGUUUCACUUUGAUCAGGAUGUCUCUUUUCAUUGGUGGCACUUAGAGUUGACAAAAUAUGGUAAAAUAAUAAUAAUAAUAAUAAUAAUAAUAAAUGACUGAUGUUUACGGAGCACUUCCUAUGUUCCAUGCCAGGCAUUGUUAUUUCACUGUGUCCCCAAGUGAAGCUGGGGAGGUAGAUCCUCUUUAAAACAUCCCAGUCUCUAUGGUGGCAGUUCUCAAAGUGUGAGCCCCAGGCCAACCGCAUGGGUAUGAACC